AAACUUGGCCACACCUUAUCCACAAAAAACCAUCCAACGCUUCCAACAUCAUCAUCAUCAUCUUCUUCUUCUUCUCUUUGAUGAUAGACAACAAACCCACAUCACAACACAACCCAAUAUUCUCCAGCUCGGUUUAAACCAAACCCAACAAACAAAAAUGUCAGUGGCAUCUUCCUUCCCCUGCAUCAAACUCUCAACCUGCUCAUCCUCAUCUUCCUCUUCAUAUUCUUCCUCCUCUUCCUCCUCCUCCUCUACCAACUCUUCUCUUGUGUUCUCUUCCUCCACCAAGCCCUGUUAUUAUGUAAAGACCGCCACCAUCAUCAGGAGCUCCCAAACUGAAGGCCCUAUAAGAAGACCUGCUGCUCCUUCAGUUAGGGAGCCCUCUCCGCCUACUCUCAAGCCCCCAACACCUCCCUCUAAGUCCCCUUCCCCGCCGCAACAGCAGCAGCCCCAGCCGGCGGCUCCGGUUGCCGGGCUGACGAUGGUGGAGGACAAGAAUGUGGUGACUCUUGAGUUCCAGAGGCAGAAGGCUAAGGAGAUUCAGGACUACUUUAAGCAGAAGAAGCUUGAGGCUGCGAGUCAGGGUCCCUUCUUUGGCUGGGUUGGCAAGAAUGAGAUUAGCAAUGGAAGAUGGGCAAUGUUUGGUUUUGCUGUUGGAAUGCUAACGGAAUAUGCGACUGGCUCAGAUUUUGUUGAUCAAGUAAAGAUCCUUCUCUCCAAUUUUGGGAUCGUAGAUCUGGAAUGAUGCACAGAUGCACUGGCUUGAUGUUAAGAGCCAUCAAUACUUUCAUGUUGCUGGAGCUGCUGUAGAUGUGUUGGUGUUUCACUUGCAACUUUGUUGAGUAAUUUCUUUUAAAUUCCAUUUCUGAUAAAUACAUAAAUAUCAUAAGCUGUAUUUCCACUAUAUUGUUUACAUAAUUUCAAGUAUAGAAAAAGUUCCU